AUGUGGCUAGGCCCAGACCUGUCGAUUUGCCCCCCGCGCAGUGAUAGCUGCGAGGUGCCUGAGAGUGUCGCUGCAGAGUGCCAGGAAGGUCUGUUCAAGGAGCCGCCAGAGGAAAUUCGGAUCAGCGAAGGUUUCGACAGCGACCCACAGGGCGACAGAGGCGAUGAGUCGCCCGCAUCCGCGUCGGAUGCCCAAGACGAAGGAGCACAGCGGCCGCGUGGUGAUGGGCAGGCCUUGGCCGAGCCCAAGGAUGCCGCUCAGCCCCUUGGCAUCGAGGGCCGACGAUCGCCGACGGAGCUCAAAGACGGUGACCUCGUCGGCGCUGGGGAAUGCACCCCCUCCGACCUCCAUGUGGCAAACCUAUUGCCGUACCUGGGUGUGCAGGACUUGCUGAGCUGGCGCCUGGUUUCGCGACGAACGAGAAGCCCGGAGGCCUUGACAGCGCACCUGGCCGAGAUGGGCAGCAUGGACACGCCGGAUGCAAUUCUCGCUUUUGCAGAACAGUUAGAGCUAUUCGGUGUCAACCCGAAUGUGUCAAAUGAAUCGGCCUUUGAAGGCGAUGCCGAGCAGCAGAAGCUGUGUGAGUGUCGAUUAUGGUGCCUGGCCCUGGCGUCCAAGACCUUUACGCACUUCAUCGAAAGCUACGUUCGCCGCACGGUCGGCAAGAACCUGCAAAGUGUGCUGCGGCACUGCUGGAGUGCAGAUUCCUCCAUUGCUGCUGCCGCCCACUGCAUUGCGCACAAUCACGCGAGUGAUGCCCUCUCCCUUUCUUGGCACAAAUAA